CGCAACAUCAUAUGAUUCGUCAACGUAGUUCAGCAAACAAAGUUUUCUGAUUGUCAUUUACGUGUCGUGAACAAAUAAAAUAAUCAUUUUUAAACGAAUUACACUUUUCUACGAUAUAAGUGACGUUUAAAAUGCAAACAAGUGGUGCAGAUGAUUUACUACAAUUUCGUGAUUACAACAGCACGCCCAGUAUGAGCAGCCCACCGGCACAAAUAAAUGUGAAUUCACCAACGCAUUCCAGCGGUUCUGCAGGUGCAACGCGCGGCAAUAAUGCACUCAACGAUUUGAUUUAUGACAUGAGCAACUCAGCAGGCAUCCUAAGUGGCUCCAAUAGCGCAGGUGGUGCUGGAAAUAUUAAUAAUGCCGCAGCUGGCGGUGGCGGCGCUGGUGGUGCUGAUGAUGCUGGCAGCAGCAACAAGGUGUCGUUUCUAACACUUGAAUACUAUCAGCAAUUCUUCAAUGUUGAUACUUAUGUGGUGUUGGAGCGCAUUGCUAACUCCAUGAUACCAAAGCGUGCUGGUGGCAACUACUUGCGUUCGAGUAUUGGUCAGAAUCCUGACUUGUAUGGGCCAUUUUGGAUUACCGUAACGCUGAUUUUUUCGAUUGCCAUAAGUGGCAAUAUUGCUAGUUAUUUACAGCACGCCAAUGACAACUACCACUGGCGUUAUAAUUUCCAUUUAGUCUCCUAUGCCGCCACUUGUAUUUUCAUCUACGCCAAUCUAUUCCCCAUCGCCUUGUGGGCACUCUUUAAGUAUAGUCUCAAACCGAUUACCGAUGAUGUCGAAACUGAAAGUGCCGACUACUCACCCUCACUGUUAUCGCUAAUGUGCAUUUACGGUUAUUCGCUAUUUAUUUACAUACCCGUCUCCGUAUUGUGGGUUAUACAGAUUAGCUUGCUACAAUGGCUACUAGUUAUUACCGCCGCUCUACUCUCCGGUUCAGUGCUGAUUUUCGUGCUCACUCCUGCGCUACGUAACUCUAAAUUGUCGCUAUUCCUCAUAAUCGGCAUACUGGGUGCGCAUUUUUUACUCGCUGCUGGUUUCAUGUUGUACUUCUUUCAUGUGCCCAGCAGUGUAGUAGCUAAUGGACCAGUGCCUGCUGCCUUGCAGGCGGUUACACAGGCGGCGCAGCAUAUUGUGAGCCCACAAGUCAUUGCUGGCAAUAUUUCACCGCCCAAUGGCACACGUUGAGUAAAUAUUACGCAUAAAUCAAACGCGUUUUUUCUUAGCAAAUUAAGAUUUUUUAUUUAAAUUUAAUUUGAAUUUAGAAAUUGUUGAUUUAUUAUUUGCCACUGAGGCGAAUUGGUACUUUUUAAUUUUAUUUGCAAUAUAUAAUAAUAGAAAAGAAAUAUUUUUAUUAUUACAUAUAUAUAUACUUAUUAUAAAUGCCAACAUAUUCCAUUGUAAUUACUUAAUUUAAUAAUAAAAAAUUUAAUGCUUAAAUAAAUGAGCCAAAAAUAUAAAUAACCUCAAAAAAUA